CUGAGCUGCCCCUGGGUGGGAAGCACCCCUGCCCUCCAUCCCGAGUGUCGGGGGAGCCCAACUUUUCCGGGGCGGCUGAGGCAGAGAGGCGGGCAGAGCGCGGCCGGGGCUUAGAGCGGGUUGGAAGAGGCGAGGCGAGGGCAGAGGAGGCGCAAGUGGUACCCUGUGCCCGGCCAGCAAUAGGAAAAGAAAGAGCACCCCGGGAUUUAAGUGCGUGCGUGUGUGUGUAGGGGUAUCCUUCAUAGACCAGGGAUUGACCAGCCAGGCUGAGGCUGCACAGUGAUGAUGGGGGAACGGCUGCUUCUCCAUGGAACUCUCUCCUUCUUGAUGCUUAUGGCUGCCUGCCAGGCCCAUGACCUUCCACUGAGCCAGGCUGACAAUGAGGCUAGUCCCCUGUGUGAAAAGGAGACUGAGUCCUGGGGGGCCAUAUUCAGCGAGGAGCGCCUGGAUGCUUGGAUCUGUUCUCUGAUUGGUUCGGUUAUGGUUGGGCUGAGUGGGGUCUUUCCCCUGCUGGUAAUUCCUCUCGAGACAGGGGCAGCACUAAAGUCAGAAGAGGGAUCCCAUCGGAUGAAGCAGUUCUUGAGCUUUGCCAUUGGUGGGCUCCUGGGAAAUGUUUUUCUGCACCUGCUCCCAGAGGCCUGGGCCUACACCUGCAGUGCUACUGCAGGAGAAGGGCAGAGUUUCCAGCAGCAGAAGCUCCUGGGACUCUGGGUGAUCAUUGGUUUGCUGACCUUCCUGAGCCUCCAGAAGAUGUUCCCAGACAGUGGAAAGGAAGGAAGCUCCGACUUGGUCAGUGAUUCCAAAGCACAUGCUAAACGGAUUCCAAAUGGGAGCAGUUUCUCUGCUGUGCAGGAGGCAGCCAGUCCAGUCCAAAGAAAGAAGUUGGGAACAGCUCAGAGUAAUGGUUCUUCUCACUUGUCUUCGCUACCAGCCCAGAAGAUCAAGAUCAGCGGAUACCUCAAUCUUUUGGCCAACACAAUAGAUAAUUUCACACAUGGCCUGGCAGUGGCAGCUAGCUUUUUGGUUAGCAGAAAGGUUGGGCUCCUGACCACAAUGGCAAUCCUUCUGCAUGAAAUUCCUCAUGAGGUGGGAGAUUUUCUCAUCCUCCUUCGUGCUGGCUUUGAUCGCUGGAGCGCAGCCAAGUUACAGCUCUCCACGGCCCUCGGAGGCAUUCUCGGUGCUUGCUUUGCAAUUUGUGCUCAGUCACCUAAAGGGACAGGGGAAACCAUCGCUUGGAUUCUCCCAUUUACCUCGGGGGGCUUUUUAUACAUCGCCUUGGUAAAUGUCGUGCCCGAUCUCUUAGAAGAGAAGAAUCCUUGGAACUCAGUGCAACAAGUACUCCUCCUGUGUACUGGCAUCAUUGUCAUGGUGCUUCUCUCAUUCACUACCGAAUGAGCGACUCCUGCUCCGGCUGCCUUCUGCUGCUUCCCAAAGCUGCCUUCAUUCUGAACUGUUACAGAGCAAUAAGGGACACCAUUGAAUUUUUGUUUUGUGUGCCUGUGGAUUUGGCUGCUGCUACAAGAGGCAAAUCAGGGAAGCCUGGUUCUGGAGGGGAAUACUGGACUCCGUUUCUUUAAAGUUCCACAGCCA